AUGGAUCCAUCGAGUCCGGACUUCUGGGCCUCCAUACUAAACAUUCUUCCCGGGGGCCUCCUUAAAACCACCGCCCCUGCCCGCCUGUUCCAUACAGGGCGGCAGAGAGGCGCAGGGGGCCACACAGUGAAGGCCACAAGCAGAGGAGGACGUAGAGACCGAGACCACUUCAGCACUGGUGCAGAGUUUCUCGGGGCCGUCCCGCUGGAGCAGCACAAGGAGGAAGAACUGUCUGAUGACGGGAAGGCUGACGUCAUGGCCAACCUGAAGAAGUUGGUCCGCCACAGGAGGAACGCGCCCGUCAUGGCCGUGCCCCAGUUCCAGCACCUCCCUGACUUCUGGGGCUGGUACAAGUACUUCAUGGACAGCCAAAACCAGGAGGGGGUUGAAGAUUUGGACCGCCUGUACAUGGCGCACCUGCAGAACAAGCACAGGUCCGAGGAGGGCCCCACCUUUAACCACUACCUCAAACACCUGAGCGAAAUCUACAAGGCAUGCGCCGACUCCGACAACCCAGAAUGCAUCGCCGAGUCCACCAGCAAGCCCAAGGCGGCCACGGUGAUGCCCGCCCCCAUCAAGUCCGCCGCCGUCCGGAUGUGCAACCCCUACAUCGACCCCUAUUGCCUCUUCCCGCUGACCUCCAAGGCCGCCGCUCCCCGGCCGGAGCCGGCCCCGGCCGAGGCGCCCGCCCCCAUCCUCACCCCCAUGCUGCCCAUGCCCCUGAAGAGCCCCACAGGCUUCUACUACUACGCCCCAGUCCUGGAGCCCUUCCUGAGCCAUGAGCAGAAGGCUGAGCUGCUGCGGAUCUGCAACCACGAAGACGUCGAGUGUCUUCAGUACCACCUGAGGGCAGCGUACGGGUACCGCCCCGCCGCCGGCCCCGCCCCGUCCUACGCCGCCCUUAAAUGCGACCCCGAGGACCCUUACUGCAAGCCAACGAUGGUGCAAAAAUCCCCCACUGGGUACUAUCGCCUACUCCACCCUAGCUGCGACCCGGCUACGGAUCCCCUUUGCGCGGGAAACGUCGCCGCCCCCGCCGGCCUGGGUGACGACCCGCCGCCCCAGGAGCAGCGAUGCAACCCCCUGUUCGAUGCCGGCUGUAACCCGCUGACCGCCACCAAGCUUUCCGGCCUCACCAAGCCCGUACUGGAGUACGCCCCCAAAGGCCAGCCCGCCCACGUCGCCGCCCCCCUGAGCUGCGACCCCCGCUACGAUCCCUACUGCAUACUGGCAGCCGCCGCUGCCCUGCGCAAGGCCCAACCACAGCUCCCACAGCAACAGGUCCGCUACAAGCUGGGCAUCCGCGGCAAGACCAAGGAGGGCUUCGAUUGCUAUGUGCACUAUGACAAAGACUGCACCCCGGUGGACCCCCACUCGACUGCCAAAGCUCCAACCGAGCCCCGCUGCCACCCCUUCGACCCCACCUGCGUAAAGUUUACAGCGCCCUCCGCCGUCCGUGCCCGGGGACACGGCAAGGGUGGCAUCAUCCUCCCCGACCCGGACUGCGACCCCGAGCUUGACUACGACUGUCGCCUGCGUCGUGCCGAUGACGCUGACGGAGAGAAAGCGGCGCUCCAGCUCGGCCAGAGAGAAACAAAGGCGGCCGCAAAAUCCGCUGUCCCGCGUUUUGAGGACUUCCUCCGUGGCAUCAUGUUCCAGCACAAGUCGAUUUAA